ACAGAAACACAGGGAAGAAAAAAAGGUGGAAGGAAAGGAAAGGGCAGAUGAGGAGAAAGGAAAGGAGGACAAGAUGGAUAGAACUGUCCUUGUGAAGCGGUCCUACAACAUCCAGACCAAGACUACCUUGCAGGACCAUCUGAAAACAUUUGAUGACGAAAACACUACUGUGACGCCCCAGAGGCAGGAAUUAGAUUCGUCUUACUUUCAAGAAAGUUCAAGAAAGACUGUGGACUUUACACCAAUAUCUUGUCACGAAAAUGGACUUAAACAACUGAGAGAGCCAAGGGAAGACAUAAAGCUUCACGAAAGCAUCACAGCCCCACACCAAUAUCUCCCUGUGCCCAAUAAACAGAGAACAUCCAGUUUCGUUUGUAAAGAGUGGUCGGAGCCUCCGGUGGAAAGUCUUGUGGUGUCUGCAGAUACCAUCAUCCCAAAGCAAGGACCCAGGGUAACGUCGUACAUACCACCUGUAGAGAUCAAAACCUUGACUCCUCCUCCCUCUCCGAGCUCAGAGGAACCACAACCCCAACCAGACCUUGGGCCUCCUAAAUGCUCACCAAUCAGAGAUAAAAGGUUCCUCUUGUCUUCCACCAAAUACAGCAACAUCAGAGACCAAGCCCCAGUGCCCCUGGAUCAAAAAGUCUUGAAGCUCUACAAGAAGAUCAAAGUCACCAACAUGAACUCAUCACACCUUCGAAACCUCGCCACCACAGCUGAGCGCAGCCCUGCUUCUAUGGCGACACGCUCCAACGUACAGACUAAUAGUGCGGGGCUCAAUCUGAACCUGGGGAGUCCUGAUUGCUCUGCACAACUUGCACAAACUAUCCUUCCCAUCAAAGACCAAAGAGGCCACGAGUCCAUACCUGAGUGGAGGAAGUCCCUGUACAGAGUUAUUUCUCCCCAAGGUUUCUGUUCUUCACGGGGAGCAAGGUUGGCCACUGCAGAUCAUCUGGCCGGGUCUUCCAACGCAAGACAACUUGCUGUAACCAUCCCCCCACUGCAGCCUGGCCAGGCAGAAGGACAUCAGAGGGUGGUUCAAAAGAUUCAGAUGAAAAACACCCUAGAGCUGGACCCCUUAGACUUUCACUAUGUGAUUCCAAUGGCCUCCCAACACAGCUUCUUCCCUUUGAUCCCCUGCGGUAAGACUCUGUAUGGAAGACUGCAGUUUGACUGGAUGAGGGGAUCUGAGGAGGAAAAGCUGCUGGAAGUGUCUACAGUUAUGACCAAGGAUCCUGCUCACGAGUUGUAGAUGAAAACAGGGUUUUGUACCAUCUUAGCAGAUCUGCUUAGCAUCUGGCCAGCUCCUGUCAUGAUUUACUUAUGAGCUUAUU